CGCCGUUUCCUGAUUACAACAGCCACCGACCAAACAACAUUUGUUCGCGUGUUCGCACCAAAGUAUCGUCGUUCCAAGUUUCCGAGGUGCGGAACAAAACUCUGACAGACGAUUCGGAAUAUCUUUCUUUCGUUCAUUUCCUCUAUCGUUUCCUCUAUUUGGUCGUUUCUAAUUGUAUUUUGAAAACUAGUCGAAGGGAAGUUGCCGCAGCAUUGCCAAGCAAUAAUCACCGAGGAGAAUGAUUUUCAGUCGCGGCGUCGACACGACGAUGAUUCAGGCCCGUCCCGUCCUCCGAUGAAUUAUUCAUUGGACGUCUAACGGAUAGAGUUGGCAGCAGAAUUCACGCGGAAUGCACUUCCCUUGAUCGCGCGCGCGACUCUCGCGACCCGCGCACCUCGCGCACAUCGUUCGUGCUCGUUUGUCUUCCUUUUUUCUUUCCAGGCGAACGAAAGCCGGCCGGGCGUUAUAUAAUUUUUCAACGCUGCAUAAACCAGGGAAAUUCACGAAGAUAAUUGAGCAAUCGGCGCCCGAGCAAUUCUAUUGUCCGGAAUCAUUCGUGUUACGAUGGCAUCCGUAAACAGCCUUUAAUUUCCUGACUCGUUAGUUGGCAGCGCGACGCGCAAAGGAUGGCUCCGCGCGCGCCGUUCCUUUUUCUUCGAGUGUAAAAGGAGAAUUCGUUUGUUUUAUGUAACCCCGUUACGGUGCGAUUAUGGAAAGGACGCUCGUGGAAAUGGUCGGUGGGACUGCUGGACUUUUGUCGAGCUGGUUUCACGCUGUUGGAACGAUACCAGUGGACUAUCGUCGACUAGAGUAGCUGUGAACAGGGCCAAAUGCGAGGAGGCAGAGGGACACCGUGCUGCUGUCGGGCGAACAGUGAAAGAACCGGUAGUGUCUGAGUGGUUCGUUAUGAGGUAACAGUGAAGAUCUCCGAGCACAGACGAGCAAAGAUGUUGUGCCUGAAGAAGCGCAGGACCUACAGCUUCACGCAGGGUGUCUGCGCGGAGCUGCCCAGGCGAUCCAAGAAGGAUAAUCACCGGUACGAGGGGUCCUUGGACAUGGCUGUUACGACACUGCCGCGUAAGAACAGGAAUAGGGAGGAAAGGCCAUCCAGAAUGGUUCUAACCGUGACCGAGGACACACCGGCGGACAUGCUGGCCGGAAGUAUGGAGCUUCUGGUCCAAUUACCUCGGGAACACCAUCAGCAGACUCAGAGGGUCACGGUGCAAAGAAGUACGCCCAUGAUGGACCUCCUUGUCCAGAUCGCCACGGCCCACAAACUAGCAGCCUCGAGCUACACGUUGCAAGCUAUCGGAGAACGCGGAAUGGUUCUACCUCAUCAACCCAACACACCUAUCGGGGCAUUGGAUGCGCUUCAGGUGAAAUUAUUGCCGAAACAGGGAACCUUUGUCCCCCGAAAGACGAAGCAGGCCAACCAACCGUUCGAAACUACUUUCAGGUUACAGCAGGUGCAUCUGCCCAGGAACCAAUUGUACGUGUCCAGAGUCAGCCCGAGGAUGAAUUUGGCCGAGAUUUUGGACGAGGUCUGUCGCGAAAAGAAUCUGGACAGAAGCAAGUACGAACUGCGUCAUCCAGCAAACCUGGAGACACUGGAUUUGUCCUUGUCCCUCCAGGACUACCAUCUUCAGGAGGUGACGCUGUACGCAAAACAGGGCAGAACGCUCGGCUCCGCUCUCAGUACGCAAGACAUAAUGGCGCUGCACAGGCAAGAGGAGCGACGCAGACAGCAGGCCAAACAGAGCGUCUUCGGGUUCGCGUUCAAAAAAUCGAAAGAGUGCUCCCUGAGUACGGACAGCCUCGGCGGGCGGAGCGCUUCGCCGGCCAGGAGCGACGAAACUGGCAGAAGCACUAGUCCUCUUCAGCCUCCUGCCAGGCCGCAAAGAAAACGAAGACCCGCGCCCAAACCGCCCGUUCCGGCCCAGCCGGAAGGAGCCGAGGAAAAUGCUGCAGACUCCUGCAAGGACAAGGUAGUCAUCAGUCACAGUCGCAACAGCAGCGACAGCUCGGGAUAUCACGAGGCGUCCGUGUUGAGCGACAAUCCUGAUUCGGCCGGGAGACUGCCGGAAACCCUGCCCAGAAGAAGCAAAUUUCCGUCCGAGACGCCGAGAAAGUUAGCCCACACCUCACAGUCCAGUAAGAGCCUCAGCAAUUUGGCUAGUGUUCCUGGUACUCUUUCCCGGGGAAUUAGCAGCACCUCGUUGAGUUCCACAGGUCUGAGAAAGAAAAGGAACGCGCCUCUCCCUCCGGUGACCAGACCUCUGUCGUCGGCAAUCUCCACCCAGGCGCUGGAGCGCAUCGUCGACUCCGAGGAGUCGCUCACGUCGGACAUGGAUCCCUCCAAGCCUCCGUCGGACAUCGGUGCUCCGUCCAAAGCCAACUCGGACAUCGAGGAGCGACCAAAGGCUAGUUCGGACAUCGGGGUGACCACCGUGGGUGCAAAGAUCGAUUUCGCAAAUACGGGAUCCUCGACGGUGUGCGUAGAGGCGAAAGCUGGGAAAAUGGACGUCGAAUCGCGUCACAGAUCAGGAUCCGUAAACGUUAAGUUACCGCCCAGUAACGAAGGACACACUGUGCCCGUAGAAGAGGCUCCCGUAGACGUUAGAGUUCCCAGCAAGAGAGUUGGAGAACCUGUUCCGCUUCCCAAGCCUAGAAAGACCUCCACCAGCGGUAACACGUCGGUGAGACCUCAAGUUCCGAAGCGCAAGUUGGCACCACCUUCCCCGUUGAGUAGAGCUUUACCCUCGAACUCCGGCAACGUAGAUCAUUUCGCAAAAGGUCCACCUCCUCCUGCACACUCUGCCAGCAAAAGUAUUGCGAGUGACGCGAGUUCGAACGUCCUUCCGGGAACACCCGCUGUUGGCGAUGGCACGAGUUCCGCCGUGUCCGAUCGGAAACUCGAGGAGGAUCGGGACAAACCAGACGUCGCAUCCACCUGUUCCACCAGCGAGGAUGAGGUGUUCUUGACUCCUGGAAUCGAACACAGCCAAGCGUCCUUCGAUUACGAUUCGCUACCGUUGGAAGAAAAAGAUCGGCCGAUCAAGGUAGUAUCAGCCAACAGUGAACUGGCAAUUGUGCCUGCAACGCAGCGUCGACAGAGCUCACCGAUCGCCGAAACGGUUGCCGGUCAAGAGAAGAAACUGUGCGCAGUGAUCUCGACCAUGCCAAAGUGCGAACAUCUGGCCGAAUUGGCCGAGAGCAACGGGAAUUUAUUCUUUAAGAAGAAACACGCCGAGUCGAGAGGGAACAACACCGAUCGCGCGAAUGAUCGGCACAGAAGCGGGGAAGGUGCGAAGGAAUCGAGGAGACCGAGGAUCCCUCGAACGGCGUCGAAAUCGAACGAUUUUGAAACCAACUCGUUGGAAAAGCAAAAGAGGCAUUUCACUUCGCAUUCGGAGGAUAUCACGUUCGCUUUAAAUCUGAACGUGGCGUCCAAUGUUGGUUUAUUAUCUGCACGAUCGGAUCAGUUCGGUGGAAAUGUUACGCAAGAACCAAGAACCGAGCGAAACACCGCUGAUAUCCACCGUUGUUUCGUCCAGGGUGAGGGUGAAGGUGAAUCCAGUUGCGGAUCGGGUACAUCAGAUUGCAACCCCUCGGAGACGGACGUUUUGCUGCAAAAGGUGUCGGACACGCUGUCCAACUCUUUACCUGCUUCAACGUUGAGUCAAGUACCUGUCGAGAGAUUCGUUUCCCUCGUCGAGGCAAAGUCGAGAACAACGAAUGCCGAGAAGACCUUAAACGAGGAAGAGGACUCGAAACAGCGGCAAAGCAACGAUUUCCCGGACGGUGCGAUAGCGAAAACCAGUACUCCGAAUCUAACGGUGAACUCGCAACAAGACACGUCGGACUAUGUAUCGGCAGCCGACGAGGAUCUGUCUAUCGCGGAUUGGGAGUAUCAGCUUCCAGCUCCGCCGAGUGCCUUCAGGGAUUCUACUUCGCCGGUUUUCAACGACUUUAACGAGGUGAUAUCGUCGCCCGAAUCCUUUCGAGAUUCCGAACUCAAGGAACACGCGAAACCAUCGGACGACAGAGAACAGAAAGCGAAACGAGAAGCGGCGGACAAGAAAUCUGUGUUUCGCGAAGAAGACAAGAAAAAUAGCAAACAAGAAAGAUUCCAUUUGCAAUCGAAAUCGGACUCGAAUUUGAAGAAGGUAAUGAUCAGCGAACUGGAGACCAAAAUAGGUACGUUUCCUCAGAGUACCGUGGAUUUCGAGUCUAAGAAAGUUGCGGACAACUCGUCCGCUCCCAAGAUAGCGCCUAUAGACAACACAUUGUCGAACUUUACCAUCACCACCUACACCAGACAGAAAAGUCGGAACAUAUUCGAGGAAGUGGAGAAGCAAUCCCAAGGAAAGACCACCGAUGACAGGUUCGUCAAGUCGUUCGUGACACUCUCCAGGAACAGGAGCAACUUGGUCGAUGGGGAUGAUAGAGCUGCGAAAGAAUCGAACGUUGGAGGAACGUCGCAGGUGAAGACGAAGGUGGAUGACACCGGUGAUAGAAAGCUGGAACCAAAGAUACAUACGGAAUCCCUGCAUAGGCAAUCGGGUAACGAAAAGACUAAUAUUCAUAGGUCGAAGAGCUACGUGUCUGUGUGCGACAAGUCCAAGUUUCAAGAGACCACGCGUGAUGACGAACAUGCCGGGAAGAAUAGAAACGCGGCGGCAAUGGACGACGCCGGGAUGAAGAAAGCAACGAGCAUCAGCAACCUGAAUGCAACCAGGAGCAUCGAAAAGUUCUCACAAUGGCGGGACAACAUUCUGAAGCGGCAAGAGGAACCCACCAAAGAGAAGCAACUGCAGUCUUUACAGGUACUGAAAAGCAUUUUACCGCAGUUGAAAAAUGCUCAACAGUCGGAGGAAAAUGUGCCCAAAGAAUCUGAUGACACAGUAUUACCUGAGAAAACGAGACCCGAGACUACGUCCAAGGAACAUUCGAUCGACUCGAAUGUAGUAUCGACUUGCACCGACAAGAAACCUGAGGCGGACACGAAGAAAAUACCACCGGCGACCACCGCGAAGCGUUACACCUAUUCCGGACCGCCAGCGAUAAGUUUGGGCAGCUGGUCCGAGCGACCGAGCGUCAAUGUUCAUAUUAAAAGGGACACGGAUUACAAAUUGGACGCUCGCAAGGUGAACGGCAAUAAAACCGUUGUAAAUAUAAACGGCAUUAGGGACGAGACGAGCGGCUCGAUCGACUUCAACAACAGAACGAAACCGCACAAGGCCCCGCAAAAGGGCAAUCAAAUUGAAAUUACAGAGAGGAGAGAACCCAAUGAAUUAGCCAAGAAAUUAAUCACGCAUACAACUGCGACGGGCUUUAAGAGGCCGGUAUUGAACAAGGUUCGUAUAGAGUCGAAGCCAGCGAGCGAUAAACCCGUGGUGACUGGAGUGGAGCUGAAGAAAAGCUUGCCAGAGACCAAGCCGCCGCCGGCGGAUACAGCGAUCGACACAACUCCUCUAAACUUUCGGGAAUUGUCCAAGGCCUUCGGCCAAGACGUCUGCCUUCGGCCGAAACCGAAACGAUCCACCUUGAAUCGGGCCUCGGAUGUCCAAAUUGAAAUUACUUCGAACAAGCAGAACGAACGCGUCGAUUCCGAGGGAAGCAAUAAUGCCGUCGGCGAGCAGCGCCUAAGCAACGCCGGUAACCGAGACACGUCGAAACCCAACAGAUUCGCCACGGUAGUAGGUGCGCAGCCCCAAAAUCAGGGAACCUUCCCUUUUCGGAAUGGCAUUAUUGGUACCAAAGGCGGCCAGCAGCCCGUGCCUACCGUAAAGAGUUUCAAGAUUUCGACCGCAAACGAAGAACACUGCAACCAAAACAACACGAAAGAACACAAGAAAGAGCCAUCUGUUAUUCCUCAACCACCUAGACCGCCUACGAUGCCUGUUAUCACGGGGGUCACCUUGAAAACCGCCAGACCGAAAUCAAUGCCUGUCCAAGUAGAUACGAGGGACAUGUUGUUGGAAUCGAUUCGAAACUUUGGUGGUCGCGAAAAUCUGAAGAGCGCUGCAGAGAGAUGUUAAGCGCUUUCCAUUCCUAACGGCGGAUUAUUCAAAUUCAUCGUAUCCAAGAUGGCGCUUGGUGCUGUUGAUAAAGUCGCAGGGGUAAAAAAAUUCAUCGAAACUGAGGAAUUUAUUCGUAUACGCAUAUAUUUUUUGUUCGGUUUUGAAAAUCAUUCGUAUGUAAAUAUCGUGUGUAAAAAGUCAGACAACCAGAAAAGGAAGGGUUGUCGUUAAAUGAUCGAAAGUGUACAUAUUGCAUAAACGUGUAAAGUUUUCUUUUCCGAUAUGAACAAACAAGGCAGAGGAGAGUGUUCGCAUUAUCGUGUCCAAAUAGUCAACGAACCGUUCGGGUUCGUUCGAAACGAGUUUGCUCAUUACGCGAUGCAGUCCACGCGAUUUUUCUUGUUAAGUUUUUCCUUUACAUUCUAGUUCGCUCAACCAUUCUGUUCUACCCUCGAAGGAAAAGCGCGCGCGUGCGUGCGUGCGCACACAACACACAGAAACACAUACGUACAUACACGUACAGAGUUAGGUCUAAAUGGUUAAACCUACGUCGACUAACACACACGUCCUAACCAAUCGUUUAACAUUUAAGUUUCUAUCACUGGGACCAAAGGUGACAUCUUUUAUUUUAUGUACCGUACAACGAAUCUAGAUAUACAGUAGGGUGUGCGUAUAUAACUCAGAAUAGUCUUUUUGUUUUUCUCCUUUUCAAGAGAUAAUCUGGUCAGUCGUAGGAUGAUAAUCCGUAUGAUGGUAAUGAUAAUCUUAAUCGAGAGUUGUGUUUGAAUUGUAUGACGGUGAUGCUGUUCUAAUUUAUGUUCCCUUCGAUACAACGAAAAAUCAUUUAACAAAAGACUUGCGCUUUUUGUUUUUACACUGUUUACAUUUUUGCUGAUUAUUACCGAUUAUUACCGAUUAUUACCGAACCACUAAAGGUACUGUAUUAAGAAUUGUUCCGAAGAAUGUUUUACAGGUAUUGUAUACACACAGUUUAAACAGUUCAGUGAAAAAUAUAUUGUUGCGUUGAUACUUGGUUGAAAAUAACGUUGCUUUACAGAAGAAUUCUUAUCGUUAGUCAAGACACCUGGAGCGGUGAUUUCUUUGAUGGAUUCCGAGAAUGAGAGGGAAUAUUCUAUAGAGCUAAUGGUAAUCGUGUCCGAUAAGUGUAUGUAGUAUUGUGAAUAGCGUAUACUGUCGAUAUUGUAUUUAAUACUUUCCUUACGUAAACAAAUAUAAUGAUACUGCGUCAAUCCUAUUUAUAUACGUAUCGCUUACAGUUCCAUUAAAGUCGAACAAGAAAAGCCAUUGCUUUUUAUUCAAGACGACCGAUGAUAGGAUCUACAGGUGAAUAAUAUAUAAGAAAAAGUCAGUAGAUUUUAAUAAUAUUCUUACAUUCGUGAAAACUACAGGUAUUAAAGUAACAGAAUUAUGUAUUCUUGUAAAUAUUUUAAUAGUAGAAAAAAACAUGCUGGUACAGUAGCAUCCUUAA